ACUCGCCUCCCGCUGCACCGAUCACCGCCGUCGCCAUGGUGCUCUGGUUCGCCCUGCUGGUGCUGCUGGGGGCCGCGGGUGGCAAAGUGCUCAAUAAUUGCGAUCUUGCCAAGGAGCUCAAGGAAACCUACAAGUUCCCUGAGGAGCAGAUCUCCACCUGGGUGUGCAUAGCCAAACAUCAGUCGAAUUUCAAUACCAGUGCCAAAGGCAUACUGUAUCCGGACGGCACACGUAACCUCGGCCUCUGGGGAAUCAAUAAUAGGAGGUGUAAUUCUGAAAGCUAUCAUCUUUUCGACCGUUUAGAUUCUAUUCAAAUAUGCAAUGUGACCUGUGACAAAUUUUUGGACGACAACAUCAGCGACGAUGUGGAAUGCAUCAAGAAAAUUUACGCCGAAAACAUGAAGAGGACUGGCGAAGGCGAUCAUUUGAAUCCGCCGCGCAUCAGAAACAACAGCGGCGGCAUGGCCGAGAUACGCGCCAUCGGGCCCCUGUCGAAGCGCGAGCCUACACCAGCGCCGUGUGCUGCGAGCUACGGUUGUUACAAGAGGAUCCCGGACGACCACACUCCAGGAAAAAGGCCUGCUGGUCAGGUAGAUGGCAUCGAGAAAGUAGUACCAUUCCACACAUCAGAGUGGAAGUGCGACGCGGUAGGUACUACCGAGAUUAAGUCAGCCAGUGUGAUGCGAGCUAAGCGGAGGAACCCGGGCGACCACGCCCCAGGAAGAAGGCCUGCUGGUGCGGUGGCUGGAACCCAGAAAGUAUUACCUUUCCAGUCAGCACAGUGCCACGGUCGUGGGGAGAGGAACCCGGACGACUACUCCCCCGGAAGAAGGCCUGCUGGUGCGAUGGAUGGAACCUAUAAAGUAGUACCUUUCCAGACAGCACAGUGCAACUGUCGUAGGGGGAGGAACCCGGACGACCACUCCCCCGGAAGAAGGCCUGCUGGUGCGUUGGAUGGAACCCAUAAAGUAGUACCUUUCCAGACAGCACAGUGA